AUGGCGCCGCCCGCCCUCCCGGACCCCGCUCCGACGCCGCGGCCCUCGCCCGGCCCGCCUCGACGCGACUCGACGCGACGCGACGCGACACGACGCCGGCGCCGGCCCCUGUCCUCUCGCACCGCCCCGCGAGAGUUGGAGUCUCGCGCCUGCGCCGUGCGCGCCCGAGUGCGCGUGACGUCAUUUCCAGGCGCCGCAAGUCGCGGGGGCGGGGCGCGCGGGCCGCCCGCUCGCCUGUCGCCUGUCGCUUCCCGGCCGAGCGUCGAGGGCUUCUCGGAGCACAGCGCGCACUCCGGCCCGGCCGAGCUGCGACCUGCAAGCUCUUCGAUUCUCGACGUCCACACACCCGAGCUCCGGCGUUGCUUCCACUGUGUUUCCUUCAAAAGGCUGGGAAAGAUCCGUGUUUCAAGGACAUUUCAGAACUGGAGGAUGGUGUGCGCACCCAAGUUUCUGAUCAAGAAGGAAGAAGGGCAUAGUUUCCAGACUAAAUACAUAAACACUGUGCUCGUUUCUGUUAAUCAAUAUCUUUGGUUUUUGUUUCAGAUGUUAGAAGAUGAUGUUACCACCUGCCUCUCCCCUUCUGUGUAUGAUAUGAUCUGUAAAGCUGGGCUGGAAGUGAGAGAAAAAUGUGCCAUCAGCAGCAUCAUUAUGGAAGGUGGUGGUGUGUGCUGGAACACCAUCACAGACUGUUUGGUCUUCUCAGAAUUAGAUCAGAGUCUGGAUUACCGGGCCAGUGUGAUGCAGUUGGGCCCCAUGAGUGAGGCUGUCCAUUUGCACUUGUCAUCACUGACCAAGGCACAGUUCGAAGUGCAGUUUGUACCCUGGUUCCAGUGGACACGUCUGCCAGAGCUGUUCGCUGAAGCAUUCGAUGCCUUGGGCAGUCUGCACCCUGCUGCUGUUUGUCUCAGCCUGCUGAAGCUCACCUCAGUCCUGGAACGUGCCCUGGGCCAUGUAUUUUUGCUCAGUGGGAAGAAAUGCCCCUUCCUUUUACGAGACCUGCUCGCAUCCCAGGAGCUCACUCAAGUAUUUGGGAAGCCUGUGAUGGACACGCUUCGUGUUUUCAUGGGCUCCCCCCAUGGCCUCAACUUGCGCAACAUCCUGUGGCAUGGCUUUGCAGCACCUCAGGAAGUCCCCCCCAGGUACUGCUCAAUGCUGCUGGUGUUGACAGCGGGGCUGGGCCAGCUCCUGCUUGGGCACCUUGAGCACACCGGGCUUAUCCUGGACUCCCGGCCCCCCGUGGCUCUCACCAACCUGGAUGAACUCACUGUCUUCCCAGCUGUCACUCAUGAGCAGCUCUCGGUCCUGGAAGAGGUGAUGAAGAAAUCCACUUUCGUCUUGAGAAUCAUGCUGCCAUAUUGGGAAGCUGCCCUGGCCAGGUUCAAGUCACACAGGUUCCUGGAUUGCGCCAUCUUGUUGCUGACCCAACUGGAGACGGGCCUGAGGAGAGUGUUUGCAGCAGUGAACAAAUGUCCACAAAGACUGCUGACUGCAGAGUCAACAGCUCUUUAUACCACCUUCGAUGAAAUACUGGCCGAGCACUUGGGCAAUGGAAGAACCAAUCAGCUCCCCCUUUUUCUGGGACAACAUGCCAUGGAGUUUCUGUGGGAUUUCCUGAACCAUCAGGAGGGGCCCCGCCUCAGAGACCGCCUGAGUCAUGGGGAGUUUGACUUCUGGAACUUCCCUAGGGCCGUGGCCGAGCAGCUGCUGUCCUUCUCCUUGGUGCUGCUCCUGCGGUUUGUGGAUGAGGAGCUGCUGGUGGCCCUGAAGGAAAGAGCCGUGGUAAGCAUCCUGAUGAGAUGUGCUGAGGACUACCAACCUCGCUUUCACCCUUUAUCUCGACUGAAGACACAGGUGCUGAGCUGCGAACAGAGCCUCAAGCUGUGGCCUCGGUUGCUGUGGCCUGAAGAUGCCGGCCAGGACAAGGCCAGGUUGGAGCUGGACCCUGAAGCACAGGCCUGCGAUACUCUGAUUCAGAAGAUCGUGGGUGAGUUCUGCAGCCACCGGUCCAGCGCCUCCUGUACACCUAGUGUCCCAGAUGCAUCAUCUCUGGAGACCUGGGCUGCCCAUAUCCAGGAGCUGUGCCACGUGCCCGUACCCACUCUCUUCUGCCCCAGGGAAGUGCAGGAGGUGCUGGGGCUGCUUCGCAGCAUCGUGGCCCACUGUACCCGCCUGUCUAUCCAGGUAGCUGCCUCGGCAGAGCUGCGGCAGCGCAUGUGGGUGCAGAGGCAGUUGCGCUCUCGGCAGCGACAGAACUACCUGCGCAUGUGGCGGAGCAUGCAGCUUCUAUCUCCUGUGCUCUACCUGAUUCUCCUGCUGGUUGCUCUGGAAAUGGUCAGCAUUCAUGCUGUUCCAGGGAAGACUCCUGGAGAGUAUCAGCAAUACCUGAAGUUCCUCAAGGCCCUGCUGCAGUUGACUGAGAACCUGGUGUCUUACACCAGCCCCGAGAAGAACAAGUGGGACGAGACCAUCAGCCUUGUGUCCAGGGCCAUGAACAGAGUAUGGUCUGUGGCUGAGAGGCAGCAGAUGCUGAUGUACUCACCCCAGGCACCCCCUAGCCCUGCUGAGUGACGGAGAUGCUCCCAGCACAUUCCUCCAUCCUGCAGGAACUAGCAGCUUCAAUGUCGGGCUGAGCUCAGAUGAGGCUCUCAAUGGCCAUUGGCUGUGGAACCUGAUGCACAGUGAUGACUCACUGGCACACAUGCCUCUGCGGGUCGAGCUUUCCUGGGAAAUGUGCUGGGAGAGUCAAGCACAGCC